UGAAAGGGACUGGGAAUACGGAAGUGGCUGGCUUUGCACACAAAGUCUCCUCUGGUGUGCUAGCAAUAGGAGGAUGGGAGCCACCCAAAGUCAACAAUCUCCACCUUGGCGACAAUUCUUGUAUCAACAAAGCCUCAGGUCCGUAACACGGACAAACAGAUUGAAACAGCGAUGUCUCCACCUUGGUGAGAUUUCUAACAGAUACAAAUGUUAUCAGAAAACAAACUCGAUCAGAACUGGACAACCAAAUCACGGGCAAGAGAGUAAGCACUCUCAUCAGAGUUGACUGCUAAACAAAUAUGCUCCUUCUAAAGAUUAGACCACACUUCAGACAGACAACAAUUUUUAGAGUAUCAAGCAAACUCUAGAACAGAUACAAAAACAAUACACAGGUUCGGAUUAACUGACAGAACCUUGUGACGCGCCAUCAUCUCCAAGGCUAUUAAGACAGAUAUCAGCAGUACCAGAAAACAUGUGAGACUUGAUUGAGCCUCCAGAAGAUCUAUCUCCACCAAACACAAACUCCCUUGCAAAGUAAGGUUUCAAAGGAAUAGAUCCGGAACAGAACAAUGCUUUUUAAACAAAUACAGGAAUACAGGUUGCCGGAUGCAGACGAACAGAAGAGCCAAGUUUUUGAAGUUUCAAGCAAACUUCCAGAAACGAAUUCCCAAUGAGUACAUCUUGCUAUCAACCAUUGCAAAAUUCCCAGGAUAAAAAGGUGGGGAUGUAACCUCCUUAAAAACCAUUCUCUUUCAACCCUUAGGUUGUUUUGACAGAAUUUUCAAUGUUGCAAGAUUACCACAUUUCAAACAGGUUCUGAUAGCAGAUAGAACAACAGAUGCCACCUAAGAUGCACCAUCGUCUCUUAUGACAUUGACGAGAUUGAACAACAGGUCCAGCCCAUACCGAACAUAAACGGCUCCAUCAUGAAACAAGAACGGACUUCACCUAUCCCAAGUCCCAUAGAUGUGAUCAACAUCUACAAGCACUAGUUGCGCUUGAUCAGAAUGCCAGAUUUGAUAGGUGAAUCCCAGAAUACCACUCCACAGAAUGGCUAACAGAUGCUGAACACAAACAGACAAAAUCAAAAUCUCCGUCGUCAAAAAACCAUAAACAGACGGUUUUACCAGAUUUGCUAUAACAAACAAAACCAACAGACAAAAUACCAAACAUUCUAGGAGGUCAAAUUGAUGCCUUGCUCACACCAAGACUUCUAAAAUUCCUCCAACGAGCUUCACAACAGCGUCAUAGCAGGUUCCCCUUCCAAAACCUCCGCUAACAGAGGAUGCACCAUCCUUAAAAUAAGAGAAUCGACCAAUUAGGAAUUAACGGAGUCGAAUCUUGGGAAACGGGGCAUGGGGUUAGAUCCGGAACAUCGAGAUAGUCACUCCGCAACGGCAUUAGUGAUGCAAAAGUGGUCAUAGGUGCUGCAUUUGUCGUUGUUGGGUGUUCUGUUUUCCUGAUUUGGUUGUCUCCUGGCCAGUCAUUCGCCUCUCUUUUUCCCGGCUUCGUAUUCAUUGGCAUAUGAUUGUCAAGGGAUUCUACGCAAACUUAGUUGGGAUUUUAUCUCCGUAUUGUAAUGCCUUUAUGCACAUGCUCCCUUUCAUCUUUGUAAUCUUCAAUUUAAAGAUUAAUAAAAUUCUUUUUGCCGUUCAAAAAACAAUUCAAUCAUCGAAAGUCCCGGGAAGGGCCCCGGAACCGGAAUGACCAGGAUAGGACCGUCCUGUUCUAUGUUAAAAUCCCGGAUUUCUUGAUCUGAAAUUGACUAGUAAUUCAUUCUUGGAAACACGGCCAAACACCUUUUGACUCUUCCCGUCCACUUUUUGAGACCAAGACAUUCCCUCACCUCUUCUACCAAGUCUAUCAAAUUCCAAAUAUCCUUCCAAUUUCUCUCUUCUUACUUUUCUACUUUUUAGGAGGGGGAGAUUUUUUAUUCGAAACCUUCCCCAUAGCACCAUUUCGAUUAAAUCUCUUAAUCAGAGAGAGAUGGGGGAGACACGCCGGGCGGCAGCGCAGAGCUCAAACCAAUCGGAAUCCGGAAAAUGGGAGGUGCGAAACGGAUGCACAGAGAUGGACAUUGACGGAGACGGGGCCGUGACCAGCCACGAGUACUCGAAUUAUGUCUCUAAAGACGGGUACGAGUUAGACGUGGUUGAUGUUCUUGAUAAAAACAGGGACGGGAUGCAGGUGUACUUCAACGAGCGCCUAACGUGCCACGACGCGGGGACGAGGAAUGAAUUGUGUUGCAAGUGUUACGGAGAUAAGACUUCUGAACAUCUGGAUGAUCAUACUUGUUUUACAGAUGUACAUGGUUUGAUCCAACUCAGACAAGCCAAACGGGGUUCCCAGAGUCAGGGCAUAUUCAAGGCAACUCCAAGUACAUUACACACAGCUAAAAUGGUGGCAAAUCUUGCGGCCGGAUCUCCCUUGUGUAGCAUUAUGUAAUGAUGAAUUAAUGUACGUAGCUAGAUAUUUGUGAAGACUUUCACAGUAGAUAGGAUAAUAUUCAGCGUGUGGCAUGCAGUACUAUUCUAGCUCUAUGGAGUUAGUUGUGUUUUCUUUACUUGAGAUCCAUUACUUCGGAUCGAUGCUUGUUUUACUAUUUGUUGCUUCAUAGUAUAGAAUAAGGAAAUGCUACGAUGUAAAUCCCUUAUUUGGGUAUGUAUCCGGAUGUGUCCCCUAGAAUUGCUUUGA